AGUGUUCUGCGAGAAGGGUACCUCAAAGAGAUGAUACAAGUGCUGUCUGAUCCUCGCUAUGGCAGCAGUCUGGCUCAGGUCGAUGCCACAGUCAAGAAACACGAGGCUAUCAGUGCGGACAUAUUGGCAAGGGAAGAACGUUUCCAUGACCUGAAGAAUAUGUGUGAGGAGUUAGUGCGGGAGAACUACCAUGGGUGUGAGCGAGUGCAGACUAAAGAGCGGGAGGUGACCCAGCGCUGGCAGGACCUGCUCCAACUGUUGGACCGCCAUCGUGUCAACCUUGGGAUGCUUUGUACACUCAUGUCAAUGCUGCGAGAGAUAGACACCGUUAUGACCACCAUCACAGAUCUUGAGGUGGACUUCCAGUCUGGUGAUGUGGCAGGCUGUGGCCACCUGCUUGGAGUGGAGGAACUGCUACAGAAGCACAGUCUGUUGGAGCUGCAGGUGACUGUGGCGAUGGGGGAGAGUGUGCGCAGACUGUCACGUCAAGGCCAGCAGUAUGUGGCGGCUGGACACCGGGAGGCCCCGCUCUUAGAGACCCGCCUCCAGCAACUCAACACUGCUUACACCAAGUUGGUGGAGAGUAGCAAGGAGCGGCGAGCCAGGCUGGAGGAGGCCCGCAAGUACUUCCAGUUUGUACAGGACCACGAGGAUGAGGAGGGCUGGCUAGUGGAAAAGCAAAGAAUCUGCAAGACUGGGAUUUCUGCCAAAGAUCUUCGAGCUGUUGUUAGUCUGCAGCAGAAACAUAAGGUUCUAGUUGAUGAAAUGAAGGUGCGGAGGCCAAAGUGUGACAAGCUGUGCGAGGCUGGGAACUGUCUGGUUGCCGAGAAUCACAACAAGUCAGAUGACAUCAAGACUCGCAUCAAUAGUCUCAAGGAGCAGUGGCAGAUUCUCAACGAUCUUGUUGCUUCAAGGAAAAAACAACUGGAUGAUGCUGCUGAAGCUUUCCAGUAUUAUACAGACGCCAAUGAAGCAGAAUCGUGGUUGAACGAGCGCAUGGCUCUGCUGACGUCGAGUGACUAUGGAGAGGAUGAGCCGAGUGCACAGUCACUGCUGCAAAGACACCGAGACCUUCAGGGUGAGCUGCGAGCAUAUAGUGGAGACAUACAGAGCCUCAACACUCAGGCUGAGACAUUGAUCAAGGCCGGAAUCUCAACACUGGAGUUGUCUCAAGAGCCGGAGGUGGUUGAAGAGAUGGAAACGAGAGAGGAGUGGGUGAAGGAAGCUCGUCUAGUGCCACAGGAGGUGUGGGAGGAAGAGCCGGUUGAGAGGAUAGAAUACCGAACUGUCAUGGAGGAGAAGGCAGUACCACAAGUCAAGAGUCUUUACCCAUUCAGUGGGCAGGGCAUGGUGAUGGCUAAGGGCGAGGUAAUGUUCUUACUGAGCAAGACCAACCCAGACUGGUGGAGUGUACGGAAAGCUAAUGGUCAAGAUGGCUUUGUUCCCGCAAAUUAUGUUCGUGAAAUAGAACCCAAAAUCAUGCAAAUUCCAGUGAGAAAGGCAGAAAAAGUACGAGGCGUUCAAAGAAUUCAAAAGACUAAGAUGGUUAAGCAAAUGGUUCCUGUGAAGAAAACUAUUCAAACUAAAGUAACAGGUAAACCUACCAAAAGAAAGUCAGCUGAAGAUGAUAAUCAGAAUGUUGAAAAGAGACAGAAGAAAAUAAACAACACAUACACCCAUCUUCUAGAACUAGCUGAGCAAAGACAUGCUCUGCUUGAAGAUUCCAUCAGGCUGUUUGGAUUUUACCGUGAAUGUGAUGAUUUUGAAAAGUGGAUCAAAGACAAGGAGAAAAUGCUGCGAACAGAAGAUAGAGCAGAUAGUGUUGAAACAGCAAAGAGAAAGUAUGAGAAAUUCCUGACAGACUUGUCAGCAAGUGGCAAGCGUAUUGAAGCCUUGGACUCAGCCGUUGAAGAAUUUGUGAAGCAAGGUCACAGCCAGUUAGAUAAAGUACGGGCAAGACAGAAACAAAUACAUCAGAUGUGGAACCAUCUCAAUUGGCUGAAAGCUCAGAAAGAACGUAGCCUGGAAGGAGCAUCAAGUGUGGAGCUGUUUCAUCGCACUUGUGAUGAGGCCCGAGACUGGAUGCUGGAGAAGAUGACGCAGCUGGACACGGCAGAGCUGGGACCUGACCUCAAGACGGUGCAGGCGCUGCAGAGGCGACAUCAACAGCUGGAGAGGGAGUUGGCACCUGUUGAAGAAAAGGUCAAUCGAGUCAAUCUGCUGGCCAACUCAGUUAAGUCAUCAUAUCCAAAUGAGAAAGCAAAUGUGAAUGCUCGUCAAAACGAAAUUCAGGAACUUUGGGGAAAAGUAAAGGCAAAAGCAGUGGAAAGGAGAUCAAGGCUGGAGAAUGCUGUUGGACAACAAGUUUUCAUGAACAGCACGAAAAAUUUGUUAAACUGGAUAGCAACUGUCAAAGAAGCACUGAAUGCAGAUGAGAACGCAAGAGAUGUUGUAACUGCAGAGAACUUGCUUAAGAAUCACCAAGAUCUUGGAGAUGACAUUCGAGCUCAUGAUGAUGAAUUGAGAGAAGUAAGUGAACUGGGGAAACAGCUGAUGUCACGCAACCCUGGGCUGGAAGAGGUGAAAGAACGACUGACACGGCUAGAUACGGAGUAUGCUGCGGUUCUGCGUGGCUUUGAUGAGAAGGGUGACUGGCUGCGCCAGUGUCUAGAGCUGCAGCUGCUCAACAAAGAAGCUGAUCACAUUGACACCACCACUUCAAGCCAUGAGGCCUUCCUGGAGUUCACUGAUCUUGGUGGUAACAUAGAUGAUGUAGAAGCUUUAAUGAAACGACAUGAAGAUUUUGAAAAUACUCUGUUUGCACAAGAUGAAAGGGUGAAAGCAUUUAAUGAAGCAGCUAACAAAUUGAUAGCUGCUGAUCACUAUGACAAAAAAUUUAUUAAUGAGCGCAGACAGCAAGUGUUGGCCCGCCGGCAAGCUCUCAAGGCAUUGGCUGCAGAUCGUCGUGCCGCCCUCACAGCAGCCAAGGGCUUCCAAGAGUUCUCAGCUGAUGUUGACGACCUAAAUACUUGGCUCCAUGAUAAGAUGAAGACAGCAGGAGAUGAGUCUUAUCGCGAUUUGACAAACAUUGAAAGAAAACUUCAAAAGCAUGAAGCGUUUGAGAGAGAGCUGAGGGCCAACGAAGGACAGCUUCGUACAGUCAACAAGAAUGGACAGGCGCUGGUGAGUGAAGGUAACUACCGGGCACCCGAGGUGACAGCAAUGCUGCAGCAGCUCAACACCCAGUGGGAGACGCUGGUACGACUGUCGUUGGAUAAGGGGCAACGUUUGCGGCAGGCUGCGGCACAGCAUGGCUACAAUCGUACUAUGGAGGAUGCUAAGGCUAAGUUGGAGGAGCUGCAGGACAGUCUACAGUCUCGCCAAGUUGGCUCAGACCUCCGCAACUGCAAGCAACUACUCAAAAAACAUCAGGUGAUAGAGACAGAAAUCAUUCAAUGGGAGCAGCGUAUUGGAGAUCUGGUAGCCCUGGGACAGGAGAUGGUUCAUGAAGGUCAUUUUGAUGCUGAUAACAUCUUGAAAGCUAGCAAAGAAUGUCAAGAAAAAUUCAGCUCAUUGCAAGAGCCAGCUCGUAAACGAAGAGAGGCAUUGGAAGAAUCUCUACGUUUUCACAAGUUUGGAUUCGAGUUGGAGGCUGAGCUAGGUUGGAUACGAGAACACUUACCGAUGGCAUCUUCAGAGACAUUGGGCCAGAAUCUGCAUCAGGCACAAUCUUUACACAAGAAACAUAAGAAGCUGGAGGCUGAAAUUCUUGGGCAUCAGCCAAUGAUUGACAAGACAUUAGCCUCUGGAGAGGCUCUUGUUCACCAGAGUCACCCGGAGACUAAACAGGUUGAAUCUUUGUGUAUUGGGCUACAAGAUGCUUGGCAAGACCUCAAGAUGAAGGCACAGGAAAGGAGUAAAAAACUGGAACUUUCACUAAAGGCCCAGCAGUUCUACUUUGAGGCUAGUGAAGUGGAAAGUUGGCUGUCUGAACGUAACAAUGUCUUGUCCUCUACUGACUAUGGAAGGGACAGAGAUGCAGCAUCUAAACUGCUCACUAAACACAAGGCACUAGAACUGGAACUGGACACGUACUCUGGGAUAGUGAACGAGAUGGGAAAUACGGCCAACAGUAUGAUCAACGCCAAACAUCCAGACUCCAAGGCCAUCGCUAGCAAGCAGCAGGCCAUCAGCCAGCAAAUGCGGAUGUUGCAGAAGCUUGCGAGUGCUCGGCAGCAGCGACUGGUGGAGAGUAUGUGUCGCCAUGAGUAUCUCACUGAGUCUGCUGAGUUGGAAAGCUGGAUCCGUGAGCAGAUGACAGCUGCUGCCUCUGAGGAUUAUGGUCAAGACUAUGAGCACUUAUUGAUUUUGCAGAAUAAGUUUGAUGAUCUUAAACACAGAGUGGAGGCGGGAGCUGAAAGGUUCAACCAGUGUGAGGAGCUUGCAAAGAAGCUCAUAUUGAAUGAAAGUCCUUAUAUAGCCGACAUUGAAAAACGGCAAGAUCAAUUGAGGGAGUCUUGGCAGCAGCUGCUGUUGGUACUGGACAACAGAGAGCAACGGCUUGCAGCGGCUGGGGAGAUACAUCGCUUUCACCGUGAUGUGGCCGAGGCUCUCUCUCGCAUACAUGACAAGGAUGCGGCAAUAUCUGAUGACCUGGGUCGGGAUCUCAACUCUGUUCUGGCACUCAUCCGCAAACAUGAGGGCUUUGAGAAUGAUCUUGUGGCUCUUGAAGCCCAGCUUCAGGUCCUGGUGGAGGACGCAGUGCGCCUACAAGCUCAGUAUCCUGGUACAAAUGCUGCUCAUAUCGGUCAGCAGCAGGAGGUGGUGGUAGCCAGCUGGUCGGCCCUCCAGGAACGUUCAGCCACAAGGCGCGAGAUGUUACAGGCUAGCUGUGACCUGCAACGCUUCCUUGCACAAGUGCGGGAUCUUAUGAAUUGGGCAAGUGGAUUGCGUGCGGCCAUGCUAACUGAAGAGAAGGUACGAGAUGCAGCCAGUGCUCAGAUCCUCAAAGCCGAACAUGAGGCAGUCAAGGCAGAGAUUGAGGCCAGGGAGGAGAGCUUCCGUCAAGUCAUGGAACUUGGGGAGGCUAUGGUGAACGGAGAUCAUUAUGCUUCUCAGGAAAUCCAAGAAAAGUUUAGCCAACUGCUGGAAGAACGUCAGAGAUUGCAUAGUUCCUGGCAGCACAAGAAAGUUCACCUAGAUCAGCUGAUAGACUUACACUUCUUCCUCCGAGAUGCUAAGCAGUUAGACACCCUCUGUGGCACACAAGAGGCAGCUCUGUCUGGAGUUGACUUUGGUGAAACUGUGGAUGAAGUUGAUGCUUAUGUGAAAAAACAUGAUGCUUUUGAGAAGUUACUGGGGACACAAGAGGAGAAGAUAGUGGCACUUCAAGAGCAUGGGGACAAGUUGCUGGCCCAGAAACAUUUCGAGAGUGACUUGAUUGGGCGCAGACUGGGAGAAGUGGUGCAACGCAGAGCUAAGGUUAAAGAGCUGUGUGUGCUGCGCAAACAGAGGCUGGAUGAUGCUCAGCUUUAUGCUCAGUUCGUGCGGGAUGUUGGGGAGGCUGAGUCAUGGAUCGGAGAAAAACAGAAGAAAUUGGAAGUGGAAGUGAACAAGGGAGAAGUUAGCAGUCUAGAGGAUAAGAUAAAGAAACUACAAAAACAUCAGGCAUUCCAAGCUGAACUGGCAGCAAACCAGCCUCGUAUAACUGCAAUCAAAGAUAAUGGUAAUGAAAUACUUGUGAGAUGUUUACUGGGGAAGAAGCAUAAGGCAUCUCGUGAGAUCCGCGCUCAAUUGGAACAUCUGCUGAGUGCGUGGCGCAGCCUGCUGCAGGAGAGCAACAACCGUGGUCGUGGCCUGGAAGAAGCUCAGGAUAUCCUGGAGUUCAACAACCAAGUUGAUAAAAUUGAAGCUUGGAUUAGAGAUAAGGAAAUGAUGGUACAAGCAGGAGAUAUGGGGCGGGACUACGAGCAUUGCCUGGCUCUCCAGCGCAAGCUUGACGAUGUGGACAGUGACAUGAGAGUGGACGAUGCCAGGAUCAAGAUGAUUAACGCCCUAGCAGACAAGUUAAUACGGCAGGGUCGCAGUGACACACGUUCAGUACAGCAGCGGCGAGAGCACUUCAAUCUCAAGUGGCGAGGACUACAGGGAGCACUAGGAGAGUACAGGGAACAUCUAGCGGGCGCCCUGGAGAUCCAUCUAUUCAACCGAGAUGUGGAUGACACGUCGCAGAGAGUGGCAGAGAAGGCAGUGGCGAUGACAACCGAGGAUACGGGUAGGGACUUGCAGGCAGUGCAACAUCUGCUGCGGAAACAAGAUGGUAUAGAGCGUGACAUGACAGCCAUAGAAGGGAAAAUUAAGGAACAUGAGGUGGAGUGUCGAAGGUUGGUCCAAAAGUACCCUGACAUGUCCACACCUAUUCGAAGCAAAUUGAAUGAACUACAAGACAACUGGCGACAACUUCAGACUCUGUGCAAGCACAGACGUACAACCCUGACCACUGGCUACACGACCCACAAGUUCCUGGCUGAUCUGCAUGAGCUAGACCUCUGGGUGGCUGACACCAUCAAGAAAAUGAACUCGUCUGAACUUCCAAACAACACUUCAGAAGCAAAAGCUUUAUUAGAACUUCAUAACGAAAGAAAGGUAUGUUUAAAGUACUGUAUUAUUCAAACCAAAUAACUAAAACUGGGGUAU